UUGUGUGGUCGCCUGAUGGCCAGCAACUUGUCUCUGCAUCAUAUGACAAAACACUCAAGUUUUGGGACUCCUCAAAUGGGUCACAGAUUGGUCAACCUUGCAUUCAAAGUCACGCUUCCUACAUUAACUCGCUCGUCAUCUCCUCUGAUGGCUCCUUCAUUGCAAGCGCCUCGCGCGAUAAGAUCGUGCGCCUGUGGAACACAAACUCACACCAGCAGAUAGGACAGGCGCUCGAACACACCGCACAUAUUUCCUGCGUUGCAAUUUCUCUCAGAGGAGAACUGCUCGUGAGCGGAGAUGAUGAUGGGAAUGUUCAUCUCUGGCCGAUCGAGAACACACUUUCUGCAGUAUUCGGCAUGGAUUCCUCAUACUUUACGCAUCGCAGGAAGCUGGAGUUGGACGAAAAACAUCAUGAAGCCCUUUUGGACGCGGACAAGGUCAUCGAGCUCGACCCUUCGUCUUAUCAGGGGUACGAAUUGAAGCAUGCAGCGCUUCGUGGAGCACAACGUUAUGAUGAUGCUCUCGAGGCCUUCACAAUCAUGCUCUCCAAGUUGGAUGAUGCACCCGACCCACAAAUACGACAGCUACGCCAGCAAUAUGUUAGUCCAUCUGAAGUAAAAGAUGCUAUCCGACGAGCCAUUCAUGCUCAACUGGAAAACGCCCCCCUUCGUCUAAUCAACACCUCUACUGGACGUUUGUGCGAUCGAGAUGCGCAGAUCAAUGCAUUCACGGAGAGUACAGAGUACAAAGAGCUUUUACAUUCAUUCGGCAUGCUUGCGCCCCUCCAGACGGAGCCCAUCAAAGAAGUGGUUGCAAAGUACUUCAGUUGGGUCAUGUUGUCCCAUAGGUGGGAAAGGAAUGAGCCGCUACUACACGACAUUCAGGACAAGGUCAUAUACAACUUGGAUCCGGUUGGAACCAUGGUGAAGUUGCAGAAGUUCUGCAAAGUCGCUCGCCAUAAGGGGCAUCUUUGGGCGUGGAGCGACACGUGCUGCAUCGACCAGAACAACAAUGUGGAGGUCCAGCAAUCAGUGAAUUCCAUGUUCGUCUGGUAUCACUACUCAGCGCUCACCAUCGUCUACCUAUCGGACGUGCCUUCUUCAUCAAAGUCUGGGGCGCUCGCAAGCAGCACUUGGAACACGCGAGGAUGGACCGUUCAGGAGUUCCUCGCUCCUAAAGUUGUUCUCUUCUACCAAGCAGAUUGGACCCUAUAUCUACAUAACCGCUCACGCAACCACAAGGAGUCUGUCAGCAUCAUGAGGGAGUUAGAGCGUUCAACUGGUAUAAAUGCGCGGGCGCUCAUUGAUUUCCAUCCGGGUACAAGUGAUGCCCGAGAGAAACUCCGAUGGGCGUCAAACCGUGACACUACGAGGGAGGAAGACAUCGCCUACUCUUUGUUCGGCAUUUUUGAUGUCAAUCUUCCUGUCAUCUAUGGAGAGAGAAGACAAAAGGCGCUCGGGCGGCUAUUACAGGAAAUCAUAGCCCAUUCGGGUGACAUCACAGCCCUGGACUGGGUGGGACAAUCGUCUCAGUUCAACAGUUGUCUCCCAGCCAAGAUUUCCUCAUACCAGACUCCGUCAUGUACACUGCCAUCUCUAUCCGAAGACGAGAUGCGGAAUUUGAUCUUCAAGUUACGAAACAAUAGUAUGGCUGUGCAGUCGGCUCCGAAGCUGUAUGCCACUCUUCAGGAGCUCAGCGUUCCUCGUUUCGCAAACGCCAGACUGCAAUUGCCUUGCAUCGCAUAUCCUACCACAGAAGUCAGGCGGAGGCCUGGUCAAGACGGGGAUACAUGUUUCACUUAUGACAUCAAGGCAGACGGGCUACAAGACCUGCUGGUCACAACGGAAGACAGGCUAGUUGAAUUCUGGCCUGCAAGGCGUACUCAGCAGACAUUCCUGCUCGUCCGUCCGUGGAAUCGGCAUGAUCUCGGGCUGAUUAACUUUGCAAACGAGACGCAGAGCACAGAAGAUUGGCCCGAGCCUGGGUCUUCCGGAUACAAUGAGCAAACUACGCGAGAGUUGAGGCUGAUCGUUCGGCUCGGACAGCCUUUUGGCGGACUUUUGCUAGCGCAGCAGUGGGGUGGGGAGUAUAAGAGAAUUGCUUCGGAUAACAAUAUCAUCGCGCAAGUUAAGGACAUGGCAUCUGUUGACGACAUGAUGGACGUCAGGAUGCUGGAGAUAUUGUAGCUGCGAUGAACGGGACGUUUUCAUUCCAUACCUCGACAACCCCUCUACAUACAUCCCUUAGAAUUUUGCAUCGUAUCGAUAUCGUGUUGUGUAUUGUUCCAAGUGAAUCCCCAAAUUAGACGACGAUCC